AUGGCUCCUCCAGUCUGGACUCUGGUGCUGCUGCUGGGGGCUGCCUGGGGCCAGGGCCACAUGCCGGCCCCCGCCUGGAAAGAGCAGCCUCCAGACUGGAAGCCCCUUGCUCGCAGCUCACGGGAGAACUCCAUUCUCACCCAGUGUGAUUUUGAGGAUGACUCCAGACCCCUCUGUGAUUGGAGCCAAGCGACUAAAGACGAUGGAGACUGGACUCGAGAAAGCAGGCCCUCCUUCGCCAGCGGCACUGCCCCUCCCGGGGGGUACCCCAGUGGAGAGGGCUACUACCUGCACAUGGACUCCAGCGCCUUCCACCCGGGCGGGGUGGCCCGCCUGCGAAGCCCCCCCAUAUGGGAGCAGGGCCCCCUCUGCGUGCGCUUCGCCUACUACAUGUUUGGGCUGUCGUGGGGCGCCCAACUCAAGCUGUGGCUGGCCUCAGGCACCAAGGGCAAGCACCCCAACCUGCUGUGGAAACACGUGAACACGCGAAGCCCCUCCUGGAUCCCCACCGCCGUCACGGUGCCUCUGGGGCUCGUCCUGCCCAGCCAGCUGACAUUCGAAGGCGUGUGGGGCAGCACGACUUAUCUGGACAUCGCUCUGGACGCUAUCUCCAUCCAUCGGGGCUCCUGCAAUCGAGUCUGCUUGAUGCAGACAUGCAACUUUGACACUCUAAAAGAUCUCUGCGGCUGGAGCUGGAUCUCGACGGCCUCUGGGGCCAAGUGGGUCCAGAAGAAGGGACCAACGGGGGUGCUGGACGUGGGGCCCGAGGGAGACUUCUCUAGCCCUGGGGCCCCUAGCCCUGGGUCACUCUCCACUUUACUGAUCUUUUCCUCCCCAGAUGGCUAUUACAUGCUCCUGGACCCCAAGAAUGCAAAAGCGAGUCAGAAAUCUGUCCUCCUGAGCCCCCUGAUCCAGUCCUCCGGCUGCCUGAGUCUCUCCUUUCACUACGUCCUCCGUGGCCGGUCUCCCGGCGCAGGCUUCACGGCCUACGCAUCUGUCUUGGGCAGCAUCCGGAAACACACCAUCUUCUCAGGACAACCUGGACCCAACUGGCAGCCUGUCUCUGUCAAUUACACAGGCCAGGGACAGAUUCAGUUCACCUUGGUGGGCGUGUUUGCCAAGAUCCCAGAGCCAGCGGUGGCUGUGGAUGCAAUCAGCAUUGCUCCCUGUGGGGAGAGCUUUCCUCAGUGUGACUUUGAAGACAAGGACCACCCCUUCUGUGACUGGGUCCAGGUAUUACAGGAUGGCGGACGCUGGACCCAGGGAAGUGCAAAUAUGCUCAUCCAUGGCACAGGUCCCUUCGGAAUUUCCCUCAGUGGAGAAAGUCACUUCGUCUACCUUGAGGCUGACAAGUUCUCCCAGGAAGGCCAGUCUUACAAACUGGUGAGCCGGCCCUUCUGCGCCCCAGGUGCCAUCUGUGUGGCGUUCUCCUACCACAUGGAUGGCCGCGGAAAAGGCACGAAGCUCAGGCUUCUGCUGGGGAGCCCUGCGGGCAGCCCCCCAAGUUCUCUCUGGGAACGAGUUGGGUCUCAGGGCCCUGACUGGCUGAACGAUUCCAUGGCCAUCUCUUCGGGACAUCAACAACCUAUGCAGCUGAUGUUUGAGGUCGAGAGGGGCUCCCACGCUGCCUUCGUCGUUGCUUUGGGUUUCAUCUUCAUCAGUCAGGGGACCUGUCGAGGGCCCACCAUCCCCACAGAAAAGCCCAUGGUCCCCACAGAAAAGACCACCAUUCCCACUGAAAAAACAACCAUCCCCACAGAAAAAGUCACUGUCCCCACAGAAAAGACUACCGUUCCCACUGAAAAAACAACCAUCUCCACAGAAAAAGUCACUGUCCCCACAGAAAAGACCACCAUUCCCACUAAUAUGACCACUAUCCCCACAGAAAAACCUACCAUCCUCACUGAAGAACCCACCUUCCUACCUGAAUGGCCCCUUUUCCCCAGUGAAUGGCCCCCUGUCCCUACAGAAAAACCCAUGGUCCCCACUGAAAGGACCACCAUUCCCACAGAAAAAACAACCAUCCCCACAGAAAAAUCCACUGUCCCCACUGAAAAGACCACCAUUCCCACAGAAAAAACCACUGUCCACACCAAAAAGUCCACCAUUUCCACUGAAAAAACAACCAUCUGCACAGAAAAAACCACUGUCCCCACUGAAAAAACAACCAUCUCCACAGAAAAAACCACCAUUCCCACUGAAAAGACCACCAUUCCCACAGAAAAAACCACUGUCCCCACUGAAAAAACAACCAUCUCCACAGAAAAAACCACUGUCCCCACCAAAAAGACCACCAUUCUCUCUGAAAAAACAACCGUCUCCACAGAAAAAACCACUGUCCCCACUGAAAAGACCACCAUUCCCACGGAAAAAACAACGAUCUCCACAGAAAAAACCACUGUCCCCACCGAAAAGACCACCAUUUCCACAGAAAAAACCACUGUCCCCACCAAAAAGACCACCAUUCCCACUGAAAAAACAACCAUCUCCACAGAAAAAACCACUGUGCCCACUGAAAAGACCACCAUUCCCACAGAAAAAACCACUGUCCCCACCGAAAAGUCUACCAUUCCCACUAAAAAGACCACUAUUCCCACAGAAAAAACCACUGUCCCCACCAAAAAGACCACCAUCCCCACAGAAAAGCCCACUGUCCCCACUGAAAGGCCCACAACUCCCAUGACACCCCAGCCCAGCCCAGCUCUUGUACCCACUCAGCUGACAGUCUUCACGAUGCCAAGUACCUCCAUGACCCCUGUGACCCCGGCCACCACUACAACCCCGAGACCUACUCCCGCCAUGUGCCCCCCGAAUGCCCACUAUGAACGCUGUGCCUGCCCAGCGUCCUGCCAGAGCCCCAAGCCCGCCUGUGGUCUCCUUUGCAAGCCUGGCUGUGUCUGCAAUUCAGGCUUUCUGUUCCACGACUCCCGCUGCAUCAAUGCCUCUUCCUGCGAUUGCUUCUACAAUGAAAAUCACUACAAGACGGGGACAGAGUGGUUCAGCCCCAACUGCACAGAACGUUGCCACUGCCAGCCCGGCAGUCAGAUAGAGUGCCAGCCCUACAAGUGCGGGACCCACACAGUGUGCCAACUGAAGCAUGGCCAGUACAGAUGCCACCCCUAUGGCACUGCCACCUGCUUCGUCUAUGGAGACCCUCAUUACUUCACCUUCGACGGGAGGUACUUUAACUUCAGGGGCAAGUGCACCUACCUCUUGGCCCAACCCUGUGGCAACUCGACAGAGCCGUUCUUCAGGGUGACGGUGAAGAAUGAGGAGCGAGGACUGGAGGGCGUGACCUGCCUGAGCAAGGUCUCUGUGACCCUGUCGGAGACCACCAUCACCCUGCUCAAGGGCAGACACACGCUGGUUGGGGGUCAGCGAGUCACCCUCCCGGCCAUACCUUCUGGAGGCGUCUUCUUGACUCCAAGCGGGCGGUUUGUGCAGCUGCAGACAGCGUUCGGUCUGCGGGUGAGAUGGGAUGGUGACCAGCAGCUGUAUGUGCGUGUGCCCAGCACCUACUCCAGCAAACUCUGCGGUUUCUGUGGCAACUAUGAUGGCGACAGUAGCAACGACAACCAGAAGCCGGAUGGCAAACCAGCACGAGAUGAGAAGGAGCUGGGUAACAGCUGGCAGACCUCGGAGGACGAGGACCAGGCGUGCCAGGAGAACCAGGCAUCUCUCCCAUCUUGCGAUACUGACUUGAAGAACACAAUGUCGAGGCCGGAGUACUGCGGACGGCUCGUGGUCGCUUACGGAGCCUUUCAGGCCUGCCUGCCUCACCUCAAGGUCUCUUCCUUCUUCGACAACUGCCUGCUUGACAUGUGCAACUUCCAGGGGCUGCAGCAGAUACUGUGUACCCACAUGUCAGCCUUGACUGAGACCUGCCAGGAAGCCGGAUACGCAGUGAAGCCCUGGAGGGGACCCCAGUUUUGCCCGCUGGCCUGCCCACCCAACAGCAGAUACACCCUGUGUGCCAAGCUGUGCCCUGACACCUGCCAUUCCACGUUCUCGGGCAUGGCCUGCCAGAACCGCUGCGUGGAGGGCUGCGAGUGCAACCCGGGCUUCGUCCUCAGCGGGCUCCAGUGUGUCCCCCAGUCCGAGUGUGGCUGCCUCGACCCCACGGCCGGCUACUUCAAGGUAGGGGAGCGGUGGUUCAAGCCAGGCUGCAGACGGCUCUGCAUCUGUGAGGGCACUAACAGAACUCGCUGUGUGCCAUGGCAGUGCCAGGCCCAGGAGCUGUGCGGUCAGCAGGAUGGCACCUAUGGCUGCCACCCUCAAGGGUCGGCCACCUGCACUGUCUGGGGGGACCCCCACUACCUGACAUUCGAUGGAGCCCUGCAUCACUUCAUGGGCACCUGCACCUACAUCCUGACCCGGCCUUGCUCCUUGAAGUCCCUGGAGAACUACUUCUUUGUGAGCGCCACCAACGAGUUCCGCGGCGGAAACUUGGAGGCCUCCUACGUCAAAGCCGUCCAGGUGCAGGCCUUCGGCAUCAGAGUCUGGAUGCUCAAAGGCCGCAAGGUCAUGCUGGACGGUCGCCAGGUGGCUCUGCCCCUGUGGUUUGCGCACGGCCGGAUGACCGUGAGGUCCAGUGGCUCCUUUAUCCUCCUCUACACGGACUUCGGGCUUCAAGUUCGCUACGACGGGUACCACCUGGUGGAAGUGACCGCUCCUUCCUCCUAUGCCGGCCGACUCUGUGGGAUGUGUGGGAACUACAACAACAACAGCCUGGACGACAAUCUGCAGCCUGAUAAAAGACCUGCUGUCAACUCCGUGCGCCUGGGGGCCUCCUGGAAACUGAAUGAGUUAUCUGAAUCUGGCUGCUUUGCUGCAGAUGCCAGGCCCCCCAGGUGCCUGGAAAAGAAUGCAACUGACCCCUGGAGUAAGAACUGUGAUAUCUUGGUGAAUCCCCAGGGACCCUUCUCCAGGUGCCACAAGGUGGUGGCCCCGCAGGCCAGCUUCACCAGCUGUGUGUACGGCCAGUGUGGGACCAAGGGCGACGCGUUCACCCUGUGCCGCUCCCUGCAGGCCUACGCGUCCCUGUGCGCCCGUGCCGGCCAGGUCCUCACCUGGCGGAGCAGCACCUUCUGCCCUCUGAAGUGUCCGUCAGGCAGCAGAUACAGCCCCUGCGCCGACCCCUGCCCGGCCACCUGUCUCAGCCUGAGCACCCCGUCGUACUGCCCGUCUUCGCUCCCCUGUGCCGAGGGGUGCGAGUGUCAGAGAGGCCACAUCCUGAGUGGGACCACCUGUGUGCCCCUCAGCGAGUGUGGCUGCACCAGCCCUGGGGGCACCUACCACUCGGUUGGGGAGACAUGGUACACGGACAAGACGUGUUCCCGGCUCUGCGCCUGCUCCAUCCACAACAAUGUCUCCUGCUUCCAAACCGCCUGCAAGCCUGGCCAGAUGUGCUGGCCCCGCGAUGGGCUGAUGCGGUGCCGGGGGGCAGGGAUGGGAGUGUGCCAGAUCCAGGACAGGUCCCGGUACAUAAGCUUCGAUGGCAGUUACCAUGCUGUCCAGGGCGCUUGCACUUACGUCUUGGCGAAAACGUGCCACUCCACCAUGGACCUGCCUUUCUUCAAGAUCAGUGGCAAGAAUGGGCAGCAGCAAGACCAAGCUCACACUUCCUACCUCCGCAAGGUCUACGUACACGUCUUCAAUACCCUGGUCACCCUGAAGAAGGACCACGUGCUGAUCAAUGGCACAUGGGUCCCCCUGCCCGCGACCUCCCAGAUCCGGGGAGUCAGCGUCAUUUCCAGGGAUGGCUACAUGGUGCUCACCAUCAGCAUUGGGGUGGAAGUCAAGUUUGAUGGCAAUGGUUUCCUGAAGAUCGAAAUCCCAAAAGCGUAUUAUGGAAAGACCUGCGGCGUGUGUGGGAACUUCAACGGUGAGGAAGAAGACGAACUGCUGAUGCCUAAUGACGAGCUAGCCCCGGAUGACAUCACGUAUGUGGACAGUUGGCAAGAUAAGGAGAUUGACCCAAGUUGCCGAGAUGAUGGCAAGACCGAAGAAGAAUCGGAGAAGGAGCCAGAAACGACCUGCCAGCCAGCUGACCUGGAGAGAGCCCAGGAGCAAUGCCAGGCAGCCUUCCAGACUCCGGGCUGGGCAAGGUGUGCCAGCCGUGUGAUCCUCAAUCCCUUCUUGAUCAGAUGCACCGACAGCCUCUGUGAAUUUGGGGGCCUGAGCAGCACCCUCUGCCAGUCUCUGCAAGCCUUCGCGACCGCCUGCCAAGCCCAGGGCAUCAGGCCUCCCAUCUGGAGAAACAGCAGCUUCUGCCCUCUGGACUGCCCCCCUCACUACGUCUACACCAACUGCUUUCCCCACUGCCCCCCUACCUGCGACAACCCGGAAGGCCGGUGCAAAGGCUCCAGGGGUCCCUCCAACUGCGAGGAGGGCUGCGUCUGUGAGCCCGGCUACGUGCUCAAGGAGCGGCGGUGUGUGCCCAGGAGUCAGUGUGGCUGCCGGGGCGCCCGGGGCAGAUUCCUCCCCGAGGGUAACGCCUGGUUCUCCAGCAGUUGCUCCCAGAGGUGUACCUGCCAGGCGGGAGCCAUUCAGUGCCGGGCCUUUGCCUGCCCCCCCAGCUCCCGGUGUGAGACCGACGAGGACGGCAAAGAAAUCUGCAAACCCUACAGGUCGGAGCGAUGCACGGUUUAUGGGGACCCCACUUACCGCACGUUUGAUGGCCUCGGCUACCGUUUCCAGGGCCGCAUGACCUACUAUCUGGUCAAGACCGUGGAUGUGCUCCCCAGUGGCGUGGAGCCCUUCAUCGUGGAGGGACGCAACAAGAUGUAUGCGUCUCACAACCCCAUUUUCCUGCACGAAAUCAUCGUGAUGGUCUACGGCUUCACAGUCCAGCUCCAGCAUGAACUGGAGCUUGUUGUCAACGGCCAGAAGGUGACCGCCCCCUAUGAGCCCGUCGACCAGCUGCGGGUCUCCCUACGAAGCGAUCGCCUGUUCGUGAUCACAGACUUUGAGCUGGUGGUCAGCUUCAACGGAAAGAACAACGCAGUGAUCUCCCUGCCCGUCACUUACCGGAAGCUUGUGCUCGGCCUGUGUGGCAACUGCGACCAGAACAAGAGGAAUGACUUUAUGCUGCCCAACGGGGCUGUCACCCAGAACCUCCUUGCUUUUGGCAAUAGUUGGGAGGUAAAAAUGACCGAGGGAAGCUUCCCCCGCAUCUCAAGGGCUGUACAGGAGGAGGAAGUGAAAGAGGAAGUGGCGCUAGGCUUUCUUGGUGUGUCGGGAUGCCGCCCGGAGGAGCUGCAGCUCAUCAGCCGCACCCAGGCGUGUGGGGUGCUGGUGGACCCCGAGGGCCCCUUUGCUGUCUGUCACCAGACUGUGGCCCCUGAGCCCUUCCUGGAGCACUGUGUGUCUGACCUGUGUGCCGCCCACGACCCCAAGGAGCAGGAGGAGCUGCGUUGCCAGGUCCUCAGUGGGUAUGCCAGCAUCUGCCAGGAGGCGGGCGCCACCCCGGCCAGCUGGCGGGACCACACCCACUGUGCCUUGUCAUGUCCAGCCAAUACUGUCUACCAGAGCUGUAUGACACCCUGCCCGGCCUCCUGUGCCACGCUGGCAGCCCCCCGGGGCUGCAAGGGCCCCUGUGUGGAGGGCUGUGCCAGCCUCCCGGGCUACAUCUACAGCGGAGCCCAGAGCCUCCCCCUGGCCCACUGUGGCUGCACCAACAACGGCAUCUACUACCAGCAGGGUGACAGCUUCGUGAACGACGACUGCUCCCAGCGCUGCACCUGCGCGCGCACGGGGCUCCUGCUAUGUGAGCCCCUCGGCUGCAGCCCUGGGGAGGUCUGCACCCUGGGGAACCUCACUCGUGGCUGCUUCCGAGACAGCCCGUGCCUACAGAACCCCUGUCAGAAUGAUGGGCAGUGCCGGGAGCAGGGAACCCAUUUCACCUGUGAGUGCGAACCUGGUUAUGGGGGAGACCGUUGCAUGGAGCCGCGGGAUGUACCUCCCCCUGAAAAGCCAGAAGCAUCCAACUUUGCCUCUAUCCUGUUGCCAUUGCUGGUGCCCAUGGUGGUCAUAGUGCUAGUGGCGGUGACCAGAGGAUGCAUUUCCAGGAGGAAAGGGAGGAGGGUUUCUAGGGAGAAAACGCAGAGCCAGACCAGAGGCAAGCUGCCGGGUGCAGGUGAGCCCCAGCCCCACGGCCCACAGCUUUGGCGCCUGGCCUGA